GUAAAUUAAUCCUAGAUUCCUCCUAACGAUCCUAAAAAAUGUCAUCAUCAUCCUAAUAACUGCCUCCCUGCCUUCACACCUGGAGAAUAGUAAAAAAUCACUAGUGACGUUUGAGUAAUUUACAAUGUUGCUCGCAAGAGUUUGUAAAGCAACAAUUGCCCCCCAGGUGAGUUCCCUGUUGAAGACACCAGUGGUUGCACAUGGAAGUCGAGUCCAAGUUGCAAGACUCUUCGGGAAUGAGGGACGUAGCACAUUUUCGAGGGCAGCACGAAAUAGGGGUUCUCUGGUAGAAGAUGCUGUCAAACCAACUGCUGAAAAAGCAUUUAACAUUGGAAGAGGCUUCGUAGCUGGUAGUGCAGUGCUAGGUCUCGGAGCCCUGUGCUACUAUGGAGCUGGAUUAUCACCCACGACAGGAGCCAUAGACCACGCAGCAUUAUGGCCCCAGUACGUGAAAGAUCGUAUCCACACAACAUACAUGUAUUUCGGAGGAUCAGUACUGGCAAGUGGAGCAGCAGCAGCAGCUUGUUUGAGAUCCCCGACGAUAAUGCGAAUGGUUACCCAAGGGGGAUGGGUAGCCAUGGGAGUGAGUUUGGCUGCAAUGAUCGGUACCAGCAUUCUGACAACGAGUAUUCCCUACCAGGAGGGCUUUGGACCGAAGCAGAUGGCCUGGUUGUUGCACUGUGGUGUCAUUGGUGCUGUUCUAGCCCCAAUGUCACUCCUUGGAGGUGCUCUCGUCGUCAGAGCAGCUAUUUACACUGCUGGAGUCGUUGGAGGACUGUCAGCAGUUGCUGUUUGUGCUCCCAGUGACAAAUUCCUCAGCAUGGCUGCCCCUCUGGGGAUUGGAUUUGGUGUUGUCUUCGUCAGCUCCCUUGGCAGCAUGUUCUUACCACCAACAACGGCCCUGGGAUCUGGAUUGUAUGCCAUAUCUCUGUAUGGAGGACUCGUUUUGUUCUCAAUGUAUCUUCUUUAUGAUACACAGAAACUCAUCAGACAAGCUGAGACACAUCCUGCUUAUGAUAGGCAAUAUGAUUAUGCUGGAAAUGCUGUCAGAAGUUAUGAUCCAGUCAAUAAUGCCAUGCACAUCUACAUGGACACCGUCAAUAUCUUCGUUAGGAUCUUAUCGAUCUUGGCAGGCGGUGGCAGCAGGCGAAAGUAAAUCCCUCAUCUUCUCCAAGACUCCACAUGUGAUAAGUUCCCUUUUGAAAUAGCCCAUUAAAAUUUAUGGAAUCGUAGAGUACUAAGAAUCAAUAAAACCAUUGAAAUUAAA